ACCUUCUCCUCACAGCCUCCACAACCUUAAAACUCGUGUGACAGCAGCUUAACCGGAGGCAAGGCUUCGUCACGCUCCCGCAGCCGCCACAGAUCUCCCCCUCUGUGCAAACCCCCUUCCUCACCUCCUCCUCUUCCUCACCCCUACCUUCCCACCGCUCGACGCACUCCCCCUUUUCCCUCCCCCCUCCUGCAACGCGACUCCACUCGCUCCGAAGCUUUGUGAGACUGAAGGCAGCCUCGGUGCGUGGAGGGAAAACAGAGAGAGAGGAGAGAGCGAGGCUUUCCCAGAAUAGAGAAGCAGGAGGAGGUGAGAGGGAUGAUGAUGGAAGCCAGCUUCGAUACUGAGGAGAGUUUUGACGAUCCCUCCUGUCUCGCCCCGCAGCCCCCUGGCUCUGUAUCACCGGCCAAGAGGCAGAUCAAGGAGGUCAAGGAGACCAAGAUCACUAUCAACUGUGUGACUUUCCCUCUGCCUGGAGAAGGUCCGGAGCAGCAGCUCCUCAAACCAGACGAAUGGAGCUACUGCGAUUACUUCUGGACCGACAAGAAAGACCCUCAGGGCACCACGUCGCUGCCCGGCUUCGAGGUUCUCCUGCAGAAGCAGCUGAAGGGCAAACAGAUGCAAAAAGAGAUGUCUGAGUUUAUCCAUGAGAGGAUAAAGAUUGAGGAGGAAUACGCCAAGAACCUCUCCAAGCUGUCUCUGAGCCCCCUGGCAGCUCAGGAGGAAGGGACACUCGGAGAAGCCUGGACUCAGCUGAAGAAGAGUCUCCACGAUGAGGCUGAAGUUCACCUCAAGUUCUCCAACAAGCUCCACUCGGAGGUAGAGAAACCACUGCUGACAUUCAGAGGCGACAACUUCAAAAAGGACCUGAAGAAGUACGACCAUCACAUCGCCGACCUCAGGAAGCAGUUGGCGAGCCGCUACGCCAGCGUGGAGAAGGCCCGUAAAGCCCUGGCAGACAGGCAGAAGGAUCUGGAGGUGAAGACCCAGCAGCUGGAGAUAAAACUCAGCAACAAGACGGAGGAGGACAUAAAGAAGGCCCGGCGGAAAUCCACACAAGCAGGAGACGACCUGAUGCGCUGCGUGGAUCUCUACAACCAAACCCAGUCCAAGUGGUUUGAAGAAAUGGUCACCACCAGCAUGGAGCUGGAGAAACUGGAGGUUGAGCGGAUCGAAUGGAUUCAGCAGCAUCUACGUCAGUACACGACUCUGCGGCAUGAAACGGACAUGUUCAAUCAGAGUACGGUGGAGCCUGUCGACCAGCUGCUGCAGAACGUGGAUCCAGCCAAAGACAGGGAGCUGUGGGUAAAGGAGAACAACACCGGCGAGGUUCGGCCUGUGGAUAUGGACAUAUAGACUGUCCUGACCUGUCUUCAGUAUUAAAACAUGUCCUCAGAGUCCCAGAACACUUCUGCUAACACUGAUCCGGGGACGGUGCAUGUUCAGACUCCAGAGGUCUGCUCAUCCUCUCUGACUGGAACAAGGAGCAAAGGUUCAUACUUAAUGCAGUCUGAGUCCAGGAAACAGUAAUGGAUCACAGUACCAGCAUGUUCCUUCUAAAUUUUAACCCUCUCAUAAUCAACAUUAGCUUACUGAAUGCCAUUUAACAUAUUCUGCUGUUUACCUGUUGUAAAGUUGAGACUAUUAAAAAAAAGACAUGUAUUUUGAAUUGUUUAGUUUAGCUUCAAUCAACACUUUUCCAGUUUGAGUGAACCGAACAACAACAACAACAAAAAGAAAAGUCUGAUUAUUGAUAUUACUUUUAUUUUAGAUACCGAAACUUACUGAGAUCUUAGAGUGCAUAUGAUAUAUUUUCAUAUUUUGCUGGUUCAUUUCGGUGGAAAUGCAUGUUUUGAAUAUCUUGCUUUUACUGUAUAUGGAGAGCUGCACAGUUUGUGGAACCAUGAUGGUUGUUUUGGUGUAGUUCUUUGAAGUUACACAAGGUAUUCUGGAUCUUGUAAUUAAUUUAGGAGCUUUCUCACACACACACAAAAAAAAAACCUAAAGUGUACAGCAUUAACAUCCAGUAACCUCAAUUGUUCAAAGACACACAGUGUUUCGGAAUUUGAUCAUCGCCACACGUCCAAACACGUGGUCGAUCGGAUUUAGGCCAGGGUCUAUUUUGGAUCAGUCCGGAGGAAAAAGGUGGUCCAAGUUACACUGAAACACCUUUUAGUGCCUAAUGGUUAUAUACCUAGAAUGUCCUUGAUAUAUUCUUCUCUGCAUCAGUGUACAUUUGUACAUACUGGCUAGAUGUAUUUUGCCGUGAGAUGUUUUAACAGGGCUCAGAUGUUUGGGCCCACGAGGUGUUUGCACUGUUGUUUGUUUUAUUUUUGGUAAAUGUACAGAGAUCUUCACGCCGGUGUUCAGUAAAAAGGGUUGACAUGCAGCAGAAAGUAAAAAAUCCACAAACUGCAAAAAAGAAAAGAGCACAUUUUUAGAUUUGAUCGAUCCAGCUGACAAAACACAGUUGAUCUGGGACUGCAUGUACAGUACGUGUCUGUGUUUACAUGGAUGUGUCCGUCUGUCGUCGUCUUUACAUUUUGUUGUGGUCUGUUUGGAUUUAUUUGGAUUACUACCUGCAGUUCUUUUCCAUUUCUCAGAAUUAAUUAACUUAAAUCCAGCUUCCAAGUACAAAAAAAAGCUACAAAAAAAAUCAAAUGCUUACCUGCCUUAUCAAAAAAGCCACACAGAUAAUUAGUUUUGUGUUACAUGAAGAAAAAUCAUCUUUGUCUAAAUCAGGUGAACUGCAGAGCAUUCAGAUUAAAUAGCGUAUCUGUUGUAGAGGUUUUAUCAGUGUGUGUCAAUGUUGUGCACUAAGUGUAGCCAGUUAUUACGUUCCAACUAAAUGUUCUUGACCAGAAUUCACGAUGAUGUAACCAUUGAGUUUAACUGCCCUUCUGUGGUGAACGUUUUCAUUAAAUCCGAUGUUCCCGAUGUUUUAAGAAUGUUUGAUCAUAGGUGACCUCUGUUCAGGCGGUGUACUGAGGAAUGCAGUGUCCAAAAUAAAGCUCCUCUUUGAAAAUUAAA